UGAGGAGGUAGAGCGCCGGCGGCUCUCCACCCUACCUUUCGUCAUGUCGCCCUCUACACUCGCACUUCCUCUCUUCCCGUGGAUUUUAGUCCCUCUCUUCUUGACUUCUUUUAUCGUCCUGUUUACUUCCCCGACGUGCGCUAACCCUGAAGCUAAAAGACUCUAUGAAGACUUACUCAGCACUUACAAUAGACUCAUCAGACCCGUGGGUAAUAACUCUGACAGACUUACCGUUAAACUCGGCCUCAAGUUAUCCCAACUCAUAGAUGUGAACCUGAAGAACCAAAUCAUGACGACGAACGUGUGGGUCAACCAGGAAUGGAGUGACUACAAGCUGGUGUGGAACCCGGAGGAAUAUGGUGGAGUACAGACGUUACAUGUGCCGUCCCAGCACAUCUGGCUACCUGAUAUUGUACUUUAUAACAACGCUGACGGUAACUACGAAGUGACCAUCAUGACGAAGGCCAUCCUGCACCACAACGGCCGCGUCAAGUGGACACCCCCCGCCAUCUACAAGUCGUCGUGCGAGAUCGACGUCGAGUACUUCCCCUUCGACCAGCAGACCUGCUUCAUGAAGUUCGGGUCUUGGACCUAUGAUGGCUACAUGGUGGACUUGCAGCAUCUAGACCAGCGAGCUGACAGCAACGUGGUAGACCCAGGCAUAGACCUGCAGGAAUACUACAUCUCCACUGAGUGGGACAUCCUGACAGUGCCAGCUGUCAGGAACGAGAAAUUCUACCCAUGUUGCGAGGAGCCUUACCCUGACAUUUAUUUCAACAUCACCAUGCGGCGCAAGACAUUGUUCUAUACAGUAAACCUCAUCAUCCCAUGUGUAGGAAUAUCGUUUUUAUCAGUACUUGUCUUCUAUCUUCCUUCGGACUCUAAUGAGAAGGUGUCGUUGUGCAUCUCCGUCCUACUUUCGCUCACUGUAUUCUUCUUACUUUUGGCUGAGAUCAUUCCUCCUACUUCUCUCUCUGUGCCGCUGUUAGGGAAGUAUUUAUUGUUUACAAUGAUAUUAGUAACUUUUUCUGUUAUGGUCACCAUAGGAGUACUCAAUGUCAACUUCCGAUCACCGUCCACUCAUAAGAUGGCGCCGUGGGUACGCUAUGUUUUUAUAGAUUCCUUGCCCAAAUACCUGUGGGUUGAGAGGCCUAGCAAAGAUGAGGAUGAAGACACAGACACUCUGGCUAUAAUAACCCCGACAUCAGACACGCUUAAAUUUGAUAUCGAUGACGCACCUUACGAUAUUCCUGCGAUACCGCCGUCCCGUUACGACCGCGAUAGAUACGGCGAUAGUACAAAGUUUUUUCCCACCGAUACCUUGGCCCUGCCCGCCCCUCCACCCAGGGUGGACGAUUCUGCGUUGAUUGAUGAACUUGACGACACACCGAGCACUGAACAAAAGACCUACACCAGCAUCAACUACAUCGCCCAGCACAUGAAGAAUGUGGACACCUUCGAGGAGAUCGAACAGGACUGGAGGUACGUGGCGAUGGUGCUGGACAGGCUGUUCCUUUGGAUCUUCACCCUGGCGGGGGUGUUGGGCACGGUGGGCAUCAUCUUCAGGGCACCUGCCCUGUACGACACCACCCCACCUAUCGACGUGAUCAUGUCCAAAGUUGCUCAAAAGAGAGGAGCCGACUACAUGGGCCCCGAGAACUAACAUUAAUUUAGUUCACUUCGCCAAAGUUUGAAAGCUUAAAACGUCUAAAAACUUUAACAUUUUUUCCAUGGAUUAACUUUAACGAAACUAAAUAACAUCAAAAUGGGCAACACCAAACCAAUUUCUUCUACUUAACUAAAAAGUGCAAAUUAAA